AUGAAAAGGCAAAACCAAAGCUCUGUGGUUGAAUUCAUCCUCUUGGGAUUUUCAAACUUUCCUGAACUCCGGGAGCGGAUCUUUGGACUUUUCUUGGUUAUCUAUGUGGUGACGUUGGUAGGAAAUGCUGUCAUCAUAGUGGUCAUCUCCCUGGACCAGAGCCUUCAGGCCCCCAUGUACCUGUUCCUCCAGAACUUGUCGGUGGUGGAAGUGAGUUUCAGUGCAGUCAUUAUGCCUGAGAUGCUGGCGGUGCUCUCCACGGAGAAGGCAACCAUUUCUUUCGCUGCCUGUUGUGCGCAGAUGUAUUUCAUUCUUCUGUUUGGCGGGACUGAAUGCUUUCUCCUGGGGGCAAUGGCCUAUGAUCGGUUUGCGGCCAUCUGUCAGCCUCUGAGCUACCCGAUGCUUAUGACCAAAAGGGCCUUUCUCAAGUUAGUGCUGCUCUCCUGGCUUUCAGGGGUCAUGGUGGCCACUGUACAAACCACAUGGGUGUUUAGUUUCCCGUUUUGUGGUCCCAAUGAAAUUAAUCAUCUUUUCUGUGAAACUCCCCCGGUGCUAGAGCUGGUAUGUGCAGACACCUUCUUGUUUGAAAUCUAUGCCUUCACAGGCACCAUUUUAAUUGUUACGGUCCCUUUCUUGCUUAUACUUUUGUCCUACGUUCGGAUUCUCUUUGCCAUCUUGAAGAUGCCAGCAGCCACUGGGCGGCAAAAGGCCUUUUCCACCUGUGCCUCUCACCUCACAUCUGUGACCCUCUUUUACGGCACAGCCAGUAUGACCUAUUUACAACCCAAAUCCAACUACUCCCCAGAAACCAAGAAGCUGAUGUCCCUGUCUUACUCACUGCUCACCCCUCUGCUGAAUCCACUGAUCUACAGCUUGCGGAACAACGAGAUGAAAAGAGCCCUGGUGAAGUUAUGGCGACGGACAGUGGUUUCCCAAGCAGUCUGA